CAUAAAGAAGAAGAACCAAAGAGUACUGUCACUAGCAGCAGGCCACCCACCCAGAGCCAAAUCAUCAUGUACAAGUGGCUAUGGCUUAUUGCUACUGUACUAUUUUCCUUUUCUUUUCAAGAAAUGACCUCCUGCCUCCUAUGUCUUUUUCUUCCCCCAAAAAAACACUUUGUCUUUUUUCCAUCUUUACAUCGGUAAAUCAAGAUUUCCAUUACAAGAGAUUAACAUUCGAGGGUCUUGUAUUAAUGAAGUUUAACUAACAUAUUUACUUCAAAUCCAUUGUUAUUAAUGCCCAGAUUCACUUGCUGGCAUUGCUUGAAAAAAGAUGAGUUGCUGCAGAGGCAGAAAUUCCACUCACGGAUGAGAGCAGAGGGUACUUAUUGAAACAUCUCAUUGAUGGCUGCGUGUGUGAGGCCAUCUCUCCAAAAGGUUGAUGGAAAAGAAGAAACGUAAUAAUGGCAUAAAUGUUCAAGAAGAUUCUCAGCCUCAGGGCUCAACAAAAGCUUGGUUUCUUAGGUGGAUUGCUGUUUCUUUUCUUUUCUUUGUUUCAAUAAAUUUUGUUUUGUGAUGCAGUACUAUCAGAGCUUUAGCUUUGGAUGGUCAUGGGUUCUAAAUGGAGAUGUGUCAUUUACCCCACAUGUCUGCAAGCUCAGAAUGCCUCAAAAAGUGGUGACUGUGACAAAUGCUUGGCUUGGCCUCCCUCAGUCAAUGCAAACAAAGAAGGAUUCGUUUCUUUAUUUUUUCUGUUUUUUUUUUUUAAUUACCAGAUUUGAAGUCAUUAUUGGGACAAGUCAUCUACUCAAAUUAGGAGGAGGUUGAUAUUAUUGCUUGCUGUUGGGUCAAGGUGAGAACACCAAACCAAACCCAAAAAGCUCAUUUUAACAUUCUGUUUCUGUGCAGCUUUAGUUCAAUUUCACCACCAAAACCCAUCAAAGCUGGAAGCUUUUAGGACAAUUUGGAGUGUUAAACUAAAAAGAAAGAAUUUGAUUAGUGUAAAUCAAAGUUGGUAGAUUAAGAAAAAGCAAAUUUCCAAUUUCCAUGUGGUUAAAUAGAUGAGCCCCACCAAAAUCACUGCAUUCCCUGAUCUCUAUAUUCACCAUUCAUGGUGUGGCAGGAGAAGAGAGCUGAAAAUAUGGUCGCUGUCGGUGGUAUCUAAGCAAACCCCAACCUCUACUCGCUGUAAGGUUUCACAAGGAAAUGGCAGCAAAAAAAAAUUAUGUUGUAAGAGAGAGUGUGUAAAAAAGAAAAUGAAAGGUGGAGAGGCCAAAACCUUAAUAAUGAAAGAGAAAAUAUAUAGAGAGGGACUCCUGGGGCUAGGGGAAGCAGGCAUGUGGAUGAUUGGGGGACACACCAAACUCAUCGAUUAAACCCGUUCUGAAUAAUUGAGUUCAUUGCAGAAAAGAGAGAGAAAAAGAAAAAGAAAUCAAACCAAAAAACUCCCCUCUCCCCUCACUGUCUCUCUCUCCACUUCCCAUUCAUUAUAUUUUUGGUACUACUGGCUUCUGUAGAGUAGUGUGGGACUUGGGUGAGAGUCACAAGCCAAGCAAAGGGCAAAAGGAAACCAAAAGCAGAAGCUACCUCCACUUCCACAGUGCUUGGACCUUGUUUUUCUUUUUUCAGGAAACAGAAGACUCUGUUUUAUUUUUCUCUCCAAGCGUUGGUGAAGAUGCCCAGAUCAGGCCCCAGACCUUAUGAAUGUGUUAGGAGAGCUUGGCACAGUGAUAGACACCAGCCCAUUAGAGGUUCUCUCAUUCAAGAAAUUUUCAGAGUUGUCAAUGAGGUCCAUGGCUCUGCAACUAAGAAGAACAAGGAAUGGCAAGAGAAGCUACCUGUUGUUGUCUUGAAAGCAGAAGAAAUUAUGUAUUCCAAAGCCAAUUCCGAGGCUGAAUAUAUGGACCUAAAAACACUUUGGGACCGAGCAAAUGAUGCUAUUAAUACAAUCAUUCGACGCGAUGAGAGUACUGAAACUGGAGAGCUUCUUCAACCUUGCAUUGAAGCUGCUCUUAUUUUGGGAUGCACUCCAAGAAGAGCCUCCAGGAGCCAACGAAAUUGUAAUCCCAGAUGUUACCUUAUUCCUGGCACUCAAGAGCCCAACACUUUCUCUUCCGGCAUAGUAAAUAGCACCACACGAGCAAAUCAUACCACAAGCCCUCCAUGCAUACCUAAUUAUGCAAACUUCAUAACACCCACAAUUAUUAAUUCAACCCUCUUGGGCCCUGAGUUGCAAAACCUUGUUUACAAGAAUGUCGCCGUCACUCCUAACAAAUUUCUCUUUGCAACUGAUAACAGUCAUCUAGCUAACUAUAACCAAUGUUUACCAGCGGAGAAUCGUCCUGUGUCAAGUAUGUGCUCAGUUUAUCCCUUGUACUACGGAAGUUGCCUAAAGCCCCAGCAAGACUUGGGAAUUCUUUCUAAAGCUGCUGAACCUGUCAGGGUGAGUGGUAUUGAGCAAAACCUCUUCUCCUAUAAUGAGGAUCCUGCUGUUAAAAUCAAUCAAUCAGAUCCCAGUGAUAGUCUAUUGGAGCAGCAUGAAGUUGGGUGUGAUUUGUCUCUACGGCUGGGCUCUCUUUCAGCUUCUUUGCCAAGUGUUCAAAAGCGUCAACUCCAGGAUGUUGAAGCUGUUGGUUCUGGUUAUUCACAAGAGAGGAGUGAAUUCAGCCAUCGGAUGCCGCAGACUGAUAAAGAAUUCUCUUUGUUUACUACAGUCAAUGUGGAUAACUCAUUAGAUUCAUGUCCAAGCAAAUUGAGAGAAGAUGUAAAUGUAGAUGCGCAGAUGAAAAAGCGCAAGGCAGUUUUUGUUUACCCUGUGGAGGAUCAGGCAUAUUGUUGGCAGCCAAAGCUUCCAUGCAACGAUUUGACUAGCCGAAUGAAAAGUGCAGGUUCAUAAACUGAUGAGAAUCUUAACCAGCAGAAUGAAAAUUGUAGGUUUGUAGACCCACAGGCUCUUGCUUCUGUUUGUUUCUUCAAUUAUUGGCAUUCCUUAGUGAGGAUAUGCCUUACUAAAGCAUUUUUGGUAAUCCAGCUGUACUUUGUAGUUUGCUUGGGUAGUGCUAAGCUGCUAGCUAUGUUGCCGCAAGAAUGUUAGUUGUAAAUAACCAAAUGUAAAUUAGAAGAAAUGAUCCUGGAGGAAUUAACAGAAGAGGCUUGUGGUUUUACAAUGUGCUAAGAACUGUGUUGUGCAACAUAGUCCUGAAAUUGGAACUAGGCUAUUAUCAUGCUUUAUUUUGUUUUAUCUAUAUAAAAAGAAGCUAAUUGGGUAGCCAAA